AUGCCGGAGGGUGAAGAGGAGCAGGUGCGUGAGAAAGCUGGUGAGGAGGUCAUUGUCAUCGAGGGCGAGUUCAGUUGGUUUGCAGCAUGGAUGAUGAUGUUUUGGCUUGUGGUGUGCAUUUGUUCUGUGACCAUGGGUGUGCUUACCUUCCAGGGCGAUGGUAUCGAACGAAUCUCCGAAGAGAUUUCGUUCGUCCGGCAACAGAAGCCGCCCUACGGACCUGAAGAACAGCCCCAAAUGGCAACCAUGCGAGAGAUUAACGAGCCUUUCAGAUAUCACCUGCCGCAAGUUGCUCUUUACUACUCGGUUGCAGCGGCUUCCCUGGGGCUCUUCACGGUGAGCUUCUUUGCAAACUCGAUGCUCUUGGAGACCCAAGGCAUUUCCCGAAAUGUGGAUAUAAACAUGCUGAUCAAGGAGGGUGUUCAGAUAUACAUGUCCCGAACAAUCCCCGUGAUCCUGCUGUUCCUUGUCUCAGCCGGCGGGUACGUUUUCGUCACUGCGGGCUGGGGCACCUUAACCUGCUUCGGCGCCGGGGCACUGCUCAACUUGCUCUCUGCUUGGGUAGGCGUCCGCACCACCGUGCAGGGAACAUGCAGAUUGGCGACGCUCCUUGGUGAGAACUUGUCUCGGUCGGUGCGGCUGGGAAUGUGGACUGGAUCUAUCGGAGGGCUACUCUCGACAUCCUUGGCUCUGGGUGGUAUGGCGGGGAUGUGGUUCUGGAUUUUGGACACCUCUCUGCUCUCGGGCUUUGGCUCCGGGGCCUGCCUUGUCUCCUUCUACUUGCGCGUGGGCGGGGGCAUCUUCUCCAAGGGCGCCGACCUGGGUGGUGAUCUCGUUGGUGAGAUGAGUGAAACGAAGUUUGAUGAAGAGCGGCGUGUCUUCGAACUGCAGCAGCGUAUGGAAAACAUUGCAAACACGCGAAAGGAGCGUCUGCAGAAAGGCUUGGAGGACGAUGAGGAGGAAGCUUUGGAUCAGCUGCGCCUGCUUGAAGAAGAAAUGCAGGAUAUCUGCUCAGAUCUCCAUCCCAUUGAUUUUCUGGAUGAGAUUGGCGAGGUCAUCUGCGAUGUCACCGGAACUUGCGCUGACCUUUUUGAGUCCAUGGUGCUGAUCCUCAGCACCUCUGCAAUCAUCGGUGCAAAAAUUUCAGCGGUGCCGCAUUUUCUGACCGGGCUUCCCUUUUGGAUCGUGGCUUCUGGAAACAUAGGCUGUGCUUUGGCAACCUUUAAGGUGCACUGCACUGAAAGAUAUAGUGCCCGAGCUAUACGGUGGUCGAUGCGUCUCAACCUGGUGGCCGUGAUCGUUUUCGUCCAGUUUGUACAGAUUGGGGUUAGCUACCUGGAGUGGGUGCACGGCAGCAUCACCUUCUCCAUGUUCUGGCACUUCGUUGUCAUCUCGAUGGUCGGGCAGCUCCUCCCAGAGCUGUGCGUCAUGGCGGGCGAGUAUUUCACAUCUCCUGACUACUGGCCGAUAAGAUCGCUGGCAGCCAAUUCCAAGAAUGGAGUGGUUCAGGUGGUGCUGCAGGGCCUCGGGCAGGGGUUCCUUUCCACGUCGGCACCUGCCAUUCUUCUGGUGCUGGCAGUCAUGGUCACCUGGACACUGGAAGGACACUACGGGCUUGCUUUACUUGCAUCCUCCUCUGUGAGUGGCACUGGCUUCCAGGGCAGUUUGGCUUCCUUCGGCGCCAUCUUCACAAACGCCCACAAGCAGGUCCACUUGACGACGCACGAUUCCUUGAGUCGAAACCGUGCAAAUAUCUGUGCUACGGUGGGAGAUACGGCGAUGCAAGCUGGGAAUACCAUUUCAGCUAUUAAUGCUUUCAGCGCCGUCUUCAAUGUUGCUUUGACCCUGCUGGCGGAAAGCUACACAACUCGUAGCAUGGACUACCAGGCAGUUUCGGGAUCACCACUGUCAGAGUGGAGCCAAGCUGGGCUGGUGCUGGGUGUCAUCAUGCCGUUCCUUUUUACUGGGAACUGCACGGUCAGCUGCCUCGAAACGUCCAAGUCCUUCAUGCGCUUUUGCAAAGAGUCGACGACCGUGUCCAAGCGAGCAGAUCUGCCUUUUCCACAGUCGCACAUCAAAGGGAUUCAGAUACUGUGCUCUUUCGGAACAAUCACCUCCAUGCGCCUAGUCUUCAGCCCGAUCAUCCACUCGAUGAUCUGCCCUUUGCUUGGCGGCUUCUUCUUGGGCACACGUGGCCUUAUUUGGCUUCUGUCGGGCAUGAACGUCCUAGGCGUGUGCCUGAGCCUCUUCCUCAUCAACUCUGGCCAGUCCUGGGUUUCCGCAAGGAAGUACGUGCUCUUCGGUCACUUAAAGGGGGCCGACGGCAAAGCCAUCGGGCCGGACUCUGCCCAAUACGGCUAUCUAGGCGUAGGUGAGAUGAUUGGAGGCCCGUUAGAGGACACCAGCGGCCCUGCGCUAAAUAACUUCGUGAAGUUGGUGGCAGUGUUUGCUUUCAUCACCGGUGGUCUGUAUGAGAAUGAGCCGGACCAGACCUGGCACUAUGGCUUCUUGUGCUUGCUUGGUUCGUUCAUUCUCCUGGCGCUUGCAAGGUGCAUUUUGUCUUGCAUAUUGAACUGCAUGACCAAGUAUUCGGAGCAGCGUGAACUUCAAAGAUUGCGGAAGCUGCGUGAGCUUGAACGAGAGCAAGAGCAAGGCGAGGAUGACGAGGAAGAUCUCGAUGACGAUGAAGAGAUGGCAAUCACAGCGGGGAUGUGA